CAGGCACCUUUCCACUGUACAGUUCUUCUUGCUCAGAGCAGCUCAAUUCUCUCUACAUUUUGCCAAGCCAGAAUCGCACCCCUCAUAUAGUCAUUCAGUCAAGUAUACCGGACUACAAUUUUUCAUGCUUAAGGAAUCCUUUUUUUUUUCUUUAAUUUUCUAUCAAAAUUAUAAUUAUAAUCGAUCGGCAUCAUUCAGAAACAUUGUGCUCCCAAAGUGCUUCAAAAAUGAGGAUUUUAUUUUUAUUUUUCUUAGUAGAUAAGUUGAUACCUAUCUAAAGAAUGAAUAAGCAUUUCCAAUUCUAUAACUUAUUGCUGUCUUCGAUGCAAUGAAUCUGCCCAAUCAGAAGCAAACAUUCCUUUGAGUGUAAAAACAAUCAAGAAAUAUCUCAGGUGAUAAUACUGCGUAACAUGGUGGAAAGUGCUUAUGUGAGUGAUUCCCCGAGGUCACGUUCACCAAUGACCGAACCCUCAAGUCCCUUAAUGCAGGAUGCUCCCGGUAUUUCUGGCUAUAAUCAUCGUUAUUUGUACAACUAUUCACCAGAGUCAUUUGAGCACAAGCUAAAAAUUGCCAUGGAUUCAAAUUCUCAUCGUUCGUCUAGAAAUCAUCAUCAUGAAUUUCAAAAUCACGAAAGAAAUUUCUCAGGUGGUAGAGAAAGUCCCGAACAGGGGAAAUUCAUGCCUAGAGAAUCAUCGAGACCUAGUUCGUCGGCAAAUUUAAAUACACCUGCAUCAUUGUUUACUAUUGACAGUAUUUUAGCGCCGAGACCAAUGGUAACGUCCAGUAAUCAAGCAAAUUUGUCCAUUAUGCAAAGUACAGACGUUAUUGGUUCGACAAAUAAUAGAACACCGACAAUACAUCCUCUCCAACAGCAGCUUCAUCAUUUGGCUUUUAUGCCCGCUGAUUUUCUCGCUGCAGCAUAUCCUGGUUUGUAUCCAGGAGGAUAUGUGGCUGCAAUGGCAGCUGCGGGAGUUUCUCUCCAUGGACAACCAGCUUUCUACCAUUCAGGACAUCCUUACCAAAUUAAUUCCAAUACACCAGGAGUUGGGCCAAUGGCGAAGAGAAAACGACGCCAUCGAACAAUUUUCACCGAAGAGCAACUUGAACAGCUAGAAGCAACUUUUGACAAAACUCACUAUCCCGAUGUUCUUCUCAGAGAACAACUUGCUCUACAGGUCGAUCUCAAGGAGGAACGAAUCGAGGUAUGGUUUAAAAAUCGACGAGCAAAGUGGCGGAAGCAAAAACGAGAAGAACAAGAAAGACUAAGGAAAUUACAGCUCGAUCAGAGGCCAUCAGAAAGUAUUACAAACCCCAAUUUAAAUAGAACACACGAUCACGAUACCGACAGUUCAGAUUUAGAAGUCGCGUAGUUUUUUUUUAUUUAAAUUUCAAGUAUAAAUAAAAAAAAAUACUAAUUUCAUUGAAAAAUAUAUGUCGCUAUUAUAGAAAUCGUUCUCUGAAAGUUUUUUGUGAAUUUUUUCGAAUACUUCUAACUUCUCGUGUAGAAUGUUAUAUAUAUAAUAAACCAUAUCGCGAUGACUAAGUUUUAGGGCUUUGUAGUAUAUAUACACACAAUAUAUCGAGAUAAAAAACAAAAAUUUGUUAAUAUUUCUACAUAAUGAAAUUAUUGUAAAUAAAUGACACAUAUAAUGUU